AUGACUCCUUCUUCAAAUAAUACUUCUUCGACUAAUGUUAUUGAUCCAAGUUCCAGUGAAAAAUAUGUUAAAGCAAUGAUAAUUACAGGUCCUGUCUGUAGUGCACAAGGUUUUUUGAUCAAUUUUGGCGACGUUGCUUCAGGGCUUUGGACACUUGUAUUAUGUUUAUAUAUACUUAUGCUCACUUUUCGUUAUAUGUGUACAAGUUUGGUAAUCUUAAGCAUGGUUAUAAUAUGGCCUUUUAAUUUAACGAUUUCCCUUUGGGGUUUGGUCAUUCAAACUCCAAAUUCUCCUUUCUAUGAUGCAAAUAAUGGUUCAUGGUGUUGGAUUUCUAAUAAUUAUAAAAAUUACAGAGUUGGCUUUAAUUAUGGCAUUACUUUGUCAAUUACUAUUGCGGUGAUCAUUCUGACUGCAAUUUUGUACUGUAGACAACGAACGAUAAGUUCUAGAUUUACUAGUAAGAGUUUAAUGUGGUAUCCACUAAUUUACAUCGUUCUUGCACCUCCAUUGACUAUUUAUCGAUUUGCUGCUAUAGCUGGUUAUGAUUUACCUUUUGAAUAUGAUGUACCAACAAUAUCUACACCACGUAAUCUUCAACGUCGUCCUACUCCAAUAUACGGAAUACAACGGCCAUUAAGUCCUUAUAGUCCUACAAAUUCGAAUAUAAUGUUACUUAGUUCUCCUUCUCCUACCACGACUACAUUUUCCAUACAAUUCUCUCCUCCAAUAUCCCCUGCCACACCUACUUUUCCCACUCCACUAUCUCCAUCAUUUAUUAAUUCACCUACCAGAGUUUCACAGUCACCUCCAUAUAGGACAAUGUAUAAUCCUCCUACAAGAUAUUCUCUCUCAAAUACAUAUGAAUCAUCAUCAUCAUCCACUAGAUAUUCCUAUCCUGAAAGAAAUGAUUCAUUAAUACCGUCUAUUACAGUAAAAAAAUCAACUUCUAAACAUGUUAAUUCACUUGAAUUAGAAAAAAGUGAUCAAAAAACUUCAUCUUCAAAACAUAAACUUAAUAAACCUCGACCAUCCACAUUUG